AUGAGCUGAAGCAGAGCUGAAGUAAGACUGUGAAGAAAGACAGCAGGAGGGGAACGAAGGUGAAGAGAGAGAGAGAGAGAUAGAGGUGUACAGUAGCUUCCUUCAUCAGACAAAUCCUACAGGAGCAGUCCAUCCACUGAAGGUGUGAGAGAGAGAGAGCACGGGAACGUCAGAGUUGGAAGACAGAGUUGGUCCUGGUUUUGCACCCUGUGCUCGGAGCAGAUGGCAGCGCUCUCGUAGUGUGUUUUCUUCAGCGGCUGCAAGGCUGAGGGGCAGCGGUACGUGCCGGAAGACUGAGAUGGAGAGCAUUGUGGGAGCAGCACCCUCAGGAACGUGACGAACCCACAAUUCCUGCUCCAGACAUUACCAAUCAUCUUCAAACUUGCUGUUGGAUAACCUGACUUUACUCAAGAGAGUUUUCUCUGCAUCUUUUACAGAAAGAACACCCAGGUCAUUUUUAAUAAUCUGAGUGUUAAUGCUUGUGUUUGUGUGCGUGAGAGCGUCCUCGGACCUACGGGGAGCCCUGGAGUCCUGUUACACCGAUAGCCACCCCUUAUGCAUGUUUUAUCUGCUGGGAGGAGAAAAGAGCCUUCCUUUGUCAUUUAAUACGGUUGUAGGCCACACACACUCUCAUCAUUUUGACCCAGCUCCACCAGUUUGUCCACCCAAACACCAUCAGGUGCCCUUUGUUGGGUAAUUGUGCAGCUAUAACAAGAAGAAAGAACUGAAUCGAUCGUCAAGAAAGGACUCUGUGAGGAAUUCAAACUGUUAGCACAGGAGUGGAUGUUCGACUUUUAAUCGAAGUCUUGGAGGACUCAGGACUCAACUUAACACCUCAGUUUCCUCUUGAAUCUUUAACCCGGACAGUUCCCCAGUUAGCCUUUCACCUUCCCUGGUUGCAGGGAAGUAAUCGUAGCGUCUCCGUUUAGCAUCUUAACGGUGAUCACAGCGGCAGGGGUGGUGAGCCCGGAGCAUGACGGACACCCUUCGUCUGCCGUCCCUCCAGGUGCAUGUCCUCCGGGAUGAGCCCAGCCAUGGAGAGGAGGAGGGCGGCGGGAGCGGAGGUGGUCACGACAGCCUUGUUUGGUCCAGCUCAUCCACCCCCACCCUGCGGCGCCGACGGUUUAAGAUGAGACGAAUGAAAAAGCUGCCCAGCGAGCGUGAACGGCUUGAGAAUGGGCUACUGCGGCACCCCGGAUCACGCUCGGCGUCCAAAGAGUACCUUCAGCUGCCCUCCAUCGAAAUCACGCCAUCCAGCGACGAGGACUUGGCCUGGUCGAACAGCUCCACCCCAAGUGCAUCACCUCGGCGAAAACGCUUCCUGCUUCGCAAGUGGCUGAAGGUGCGAGAGAGGAAGGAGCAAGGCAGUGAGAGCAGCAGUCAGCAGAGUAGUCAACAGAGCAGCCAGCAGAGCAGCCAUGAUGAUGAUUCCAGCCGCUUCCUGACUCCUUUCAUCCGUGAGGACAGGGCUGACAGCGGGGCAGACAAGUGUAGCACUGCCAGUAACUCUAACCGGAGCUCCCCUGCCUGCUCUCCGGUUCUGCGGAAGCGCUGUCGAUCUCCCAUUCUGCAGAACGUCGAGACAGACACCAUGGUGGAGAAAGGCUCAGAGCAGUCCGACACCUCCAAAUCCCCCUCCACCCCUGAGCAGCUGGUCACUCGCACCUUCUCAGGCCAGUCCACACGCAGCGGAGGCAAGAACUCCAAGUCUCACAAGCGACUUUCCAAAAAAAGCCAGAGCUGGUACAACCAUGAGAGACAGCACAUUCUCAGAGUCCUCAGUCCCACAUACAAGCAGCGUAAUGAAGACUUCAGGAAGCUCUUUAAGCAGUUGCCAGACACAGAGCGUCUCAUUGUGGAUUACUCAUGUGCUCUGCAGCGGGACAUUCUCCUGCAAGGCCGCCUCUACCUCUCCGAAAACUGGAUCUGUUUUUACAGCAACAUCUUUCGCUGGGAAACACUGCUUACCGUACGGCUGAAAGACAUCUGCUCCAUGACGAAAGAGAAAACAGCGCGUCUGAUUCCCAAUGCUAUACAGGUGUGCACGGACACUGAGAAGCACUUUUUCACAUCGUUUGGUGCGAGAGACAGGACUUACAUGAUGAUGUUCAGACUUUGGCAGAAUGCACUACUAGACAAGCCUCUCUGUCCUAAAGAGCUCUGGCACUUUGUACAUCAGUGCUAUGGAAAUGAGCUUGGCCUCACUAGUGACGAUGAAGAUUAUGUGCCACCUGAUGACGAUUUCAACACCAUGGGAUAUUGUGAGGAGAUCCCCGCAGAGGAGAAUGAGGUCAGUAAUGAUAACUCAUCCAAGAGCAGCAGUGAGAACAAGCCAGACAACAGUUCUCCUCCAUCCCACAAGAGAUCCAUCACACACUCCACCAUCACCUCUACCCACCCCCCCAGCAGCACUGAUACGCCACUAUCUUUUGACAUCGCAGCUGAGGAAUACACAGACUGCCUUCCUGAUGGAGAUCUGCUGCCAAUCCCUCUGCUGGCUGAAGAGAGGAAUAGCGAGCCGGCCAGUCCUCUGGACCCUGUACCGCCACCUGCACUCGACUUUAAUGACAAUGAGGAUAUACCCACUGAUCUUAGUGAUUCAUCAGAGACAAAUGAUGAAGUGGAUGAGGUUCAAGCAUUCCAUGAGGAUCUAAAUGGCCGCCAGUACAUUAACGAGGUGUAUAAAUUCAGUGUUGAUAAGCUGUAUGGCAUCCUGUUCACUGAGUCCCAGUUCAUGACAGACUUUAUGGAGCAGAGGAGAUUCACAGAUGUGGUAUAUCACCCUUGGAAGAAGGAAGAUGCUGGAAAUCAGACCAGGGCAAUCAUGUACACUAUUUCCCUGACCAACCCACUGGCUCCUAAAACAGCUACAGUUACUGAGACUCAGACUCUGUAUAAGGCCAGUCAGGAGAGUGAGUGCUACAUCAUCGAUGCGGAAGUCAUCACUCAUGACGUGCCGUACCAUGACUACUUCUACACCCUAAACCGCUACAUGCUCACACGCGUGGCCAAGAACAAGUGUCGGCUGAGGGUUUCUACCGAGUUGCGGUACAGGAAGCAGCCAUGGGGGUUGGUGAAGGGCUUCAUUGAGAAGAACUUCUGGAGUGGGCUAGAUGAAAACUUCAAAAGCCUCGAACUGGAGUUAGCAAAGAUGGAGGAUGCUCUAAUGGAAAGCCACAGACUAUCUCCUAAAGCUAAAGCAGUAAAGAACUCCACGCUAAGGCGGAGAAAAAGAGCCCCCGCCCACCUGCGCACAGCCCAUCUAGAUGAGGCCCUCAGUCCUGUUACCACUCCAACAGAUGAGGAGGUCAUCCACCGCAUUAAACACGUGGCAGGUUCCACUCAGACAAGACACAUUCCUGAGCACAUGCCAGGGGGCGGAAUUUUCUGCAACCUCUCUAAACCACUACUUAUCAUCAGCUUUGUUCUGGUGCUAUUGGUGUUUUUGAAUGUGAUGCUGUUCUAUAAACUCUGGAUGCUGGAGUAUUCUGCACAAAGCCUCACCAGCUGGCAGGGCUUACGCCUACAUGAAAGUAAACUGCCGCAGACACAGAUGGAAUGGGCACAGCUCCUGGAGUCCCAGCAACGAUACCACGACGCCGAGCUGCAGAAAUGGAGAGAGAUUAUCAAAUCUUCAGUACUGUUAUUGGAUCAGAUGAAGGAUUCCUUACUGAACCUACAGAAGGGUGUGGGUCUACGAGAUUAUAACUCAGACUCGGACGAGAAGAGGAGUGGAUAUUACUGACACUUACCCUCCAGGCCACCAGGGCGCGCUGUGCAAUGUAGAGCCAUGUAUGAGAACGAAAGGCAAAAAUCAAAGGGCCCAAAUGUGUGUGUAUGACUAUGCAUACCAAACAAAAGUGACACUUGAUAGAGACCAGAAGAAGAAGAGAUGGACCAGAAACUGCCAUCCGCCAAUGGGACAACUAACCCACAGGAAGUGCGGCCGUACCUGUCCCGUGGAAUCGUGGGACCGCUCGAGUCUGAAUGGGCCCAGUACUGUUCCGGCUUUCUUCAGCUUUCAGGUUCUCUUUCUGGAGAUGUUACUGUUUGCAGAGGAACGUAACGGACCUUAGGAAGAAAAUGAAGAGCAUGCUUUUAUUUGUUUUUACCCCUCCUUUCUUUUGAAGUGUUUUAUUGGUACAACGAAUGAGGAAAAUUAUCUUUUAACUUGGUUUUGACCUGUAAUGGCAUAGCUGCCCUGUCCCUUUUCCCAUUUAUGAGAGCUUUUCCGCAGGAAGCAUUAUGAAAUCUAGUUCACUCAUGCUGUAGUAUCAAGGCUGGUUUCCUUGGUAAUCCUGCGCUAGAAGGUUUCAUCCACUGCUUUGUUUUUCACAAAAGGGCCACAUGCGCUAAAAACAGAGACCUUAAAUUUCUGUGAAGCGUACACUAUUAUGCUAAAGUAUUUUUGCACCAGAGAAAGACUGUGAAAAGGGACACCGCAGCCAGGGAGAUGGAUAAACAUUGUUAGUUUUUGAUUACUAAACUGUGAUAUCUCCUGAUUUAUUUGAAGAUGUAGGAAAAUAUAUGAAUAUGUUUGAAAAAUAUACUUUAUUCCAGAUUUAAUAUAUAUUUCAAUAUAUAUAGGUCAUUGCAGAUAUUUAUUGUUAAUUUAUGUACAUAGAACACUUAUCAAAGCUCUAGAAGGAAAGAGUUUAUAAUUAUUAAACUGCGUUUUAUUCAGCGACACGCACAAGCACGUUUGAGACGUGUCCGUGUGAGCGCGUGCGUGUGUCGUAUGUUGAUCUGUGUCUGUUUUGGUGAAUGUAAGCGUGUUCGUGUGACGUUUUAAAUCAUUCCACUUGUACGUCUUGUGUCUUCCUCCCGGCACAUGAAGCCAAACUGCCUUUUUCUUGCCCAGCAGCUCGGUCCACUGGGCGUCUGUUUACACAUCUGCCUGGCUUCAGAAAGCCGAGUGGUCUAAAAUGACCAUCUCAGCUCAGCCUGAACCCACACAUGCACGCUUUCUCUGCUGUGGCAUCAUUCCUGUUUUUUUUUAUUUUGUCUGAGGUGAGAGUCUGGACCAGGAAGCACUGCAGGAAAUGGCACUGGACUUACUAACUUCAUGUUUUAAUUUAACCGAUAGCCCAUAUUUUGUCAUUUUUAAAUCAGUCAAAUAAAAGAAAAAUGGUGGUAAUGAUAUUUUUUUAUAGAGCACAAGUGCUCUAGCCUAAACCAAAUAUAGUAUUUAUAGAUGUUAGAAUUUAUUUAUAUAAAACAUAAAAUGCAACAAUUCCCUUUUUAUGCAGACAGAGAUCAAUGUAAAAAAAAUAAAAUAAAAUAAUAAAAAUCUCAUGUGAGAAGACAUGAAGAGAAGUGGCACUUUACGUCCAGGCAUUGUAGGACAGAAAGCCUGAUAUAUGCUUGCUGGCACAUUGCCGGUAGGAUAUAUGAUAAUAUUCCAGCUACAAACCGCAUGGUAUUGUAUUGAAUGUAUGUAAGAUGUUUUUUUCCCAGAAAAUAAUCAACAGUAAUGUGAUUUGAAUCAUGAAUCAUGUUCCACAGUUCAGAGCUUUAGAAUCUGAUGGAGUUUUUGGUUUGGAUCUUUCAAAUCUGUCUUUAGUGUUGUUCUGUGCAGUGUUUGAAGCCGGCAUUUUAUUCCAGAACGCAGUUGAACUACUGAAAUAUUAAGUUUGACAGAUUCUCCUACUGGUUUAUUCACUGUUAAAAAUCUUCUCCCAGUUAUGAAUCUUUUAUUUUGGCAUUAGAGUGCAUCUGUUGGGUGUGUAUUCUGCAAUAUGGAUUUGAUUUCUCUUUUUUUCAUCAUGUGUGUUUAAAAACAAGAUAAAUUGCUCAUGGUUUGGUAUUUUGGAACUAAAACUGAAAAUGCAAAUGAAAUCACUGUCACAAUCAUUUUCACUGUACUGUAUGUGUAUAAAUGUGUGUGAAUGCCAUGUGAAAAUUUUUUAAUGCAUUUUACUUUUUUUUUUCUUUUUGUGGACAACCCGAUUAAUUCUGCUACACAAGUAAACAUUACUGACUCCACCAGAGCAAAAAAAUAUAUAUAAUUAACCUUCAGCCUGAUUGUUUUGCUCAUAUGCAACAACUUCUUGUGAUGUAUCUGACCAAAGAUUUGAGUUUGCAUUUUGCAACUGAGAAAUGUGUUGUCACUAUUAGAGAUUUGGCUAUUGAAAUUAUGUUGCUCAUUUGCGAUCCUGGCAAAAGAAACAUUGUUCUAAAUUAUAUUUUACAUUUUCAUAUCAUACUCCAUGCAUUAGACUGUGCUAUGGGAUUUUAGUGUUCAUUUCUACUGUACCUGUGCUGUAGUUCCAUGAUCAACAUGACUGUAUCACAAAUCAACUUUAUUUUCUUGAAAGUGUACUGAUUUCUGACGAUGUCCACUUACGGCAUCCCAUAACUUAAAUGGUGUAGCAAUGACUUACUGUCCUUUUUUUUUUUUUUUGUUUUUUUUUUUUUUUACUUUUAGAGCUGUUUUUAUCUCUAGACCAGACUGAUUUGUACAUGUUUCCAUAUGCACUGUAUGUAUAAGACAAUAUGUGCAGUGUUCACUGAUAUAGGAAGCAGAGCUGUGCUGUGCACAGUUUUCCAUUCUUCCAACAACUUUGUCUAAUAGAGACUCUGAUUCAGUGGCUCUCUGAUCUAUGUGAAGUAGACAGAUUACAAAUAAUAAUAAAAAUAAAACCACACUGGGAAUA